CCUGCAACGAACGUGGCCAGUUUGCUACGCCGAGUUUAUAGCGUCGUGCCCUUUGAGACAGAUCGGCUCGAAUGCUCGCUUCACGAUAAUGCAUUGGAUUCAGUGCGCGUCUAGUGCAAGGCUGUGGGACGCCGUUCGUUGUAUUCAUACUAUGAGAAGAUGUGAAGGUGAAGUGAAGGCUCAUUCGAAUGAAGUUAAAUCAGACCUUUUAUUCAUAGACAUAUUAUGCAGGAAAGAGUGUGCAAGUUCAUCACAAACUGAAUAAAAUGGGAGUGAAGUUUAUUGGUUUGGAGCCAUGUAGCAGUUUUGGUGGUGAGAUUCCAGCAUGUCCCCAUGGACCCAUGCUGCUGUUCGAGAGGGCGGACGGCGGGCGCAAGGCGGGCCGCCAGUUCUACGCCUGCGCCGCCUGCCGCGACCGCAAGGCGUGCGCCUUCUUCCUCUGGCGGGACGAGCGACUGGCGCCAGAGAAGGCGCGCCAGUGGCGCGAGCGCGUGGCCCGGGCGACGGCGGCGGCGCCGGUGGCCGACCACCGCGCCCGCUUCCUCAGGGCGGAGGAGAUCCUGCGGUUGGGCGGCCGGUACUGUGUGGACUGCAGUCAGGUGCUGGCCGGCUCGGAGGCCUCCCUGCACAGCGCUCACGAGACGCGGCCAGUAGAUCCGACCCUCGUGCGACCCUCAGAGCUGCUGCGCCCCCGGUCGGCCAACAGCUCGGAGGCGCAGUACCUGUUCUCGGAGGCCACGCUGGCGGCGCUUCUGACGCUGUUGAACGCGGCCGGUGCGCGGCGCGUGCUGUGCUGCGGCGCGCCCCGCCUCCACGAGCGGCUGCAGCAGCAGCCGGGCGGCCCGCAGAGUCUCAUGCUUGACUGCGAUCGACGAUACGAGGAGUUCUGGCCCCCAGAGAAGCUGUGCGUUUACAACAUGUUCAAUCACCACAUGUUCUGCACACACGGCUGGGACGUUUACCGGGAAUUUGUGCAGCGCGACGGGGGCGAAGGUCUGGUUGUGGUGAUCGACCCGCCGUUCGGAGGGCGGCUGGAGGCGCUGGCUCUCACACUGCAGUCCAUCACAGUAACCCGAGACGCGGCCGAGGGUCGGCCGGCGACCUCAACCCUGCUGCCAGUGUUUUUGAUCCUGCCGUACUUCAACGAGCCAGACGUGCUACGCAGCCUACCCGCUCUACACAUGACCGACAUGCGGGUCGAAUACGAGAACCACCACAAGUACACGUCAGCAGCCGCUGGCGGCAGGAAGCACGGCUCGCCGGUACGGCUGUUCACCAGCCUGCCGGCCGAGCGCGUCGAGCUGCCUCCACCUCUCUACCGCCGCUGCCCGCCCUGCCGCCGCUGGGUGCACGUCGACAACCGGCACUGCCCGCAGUGCGACCGCUGCACCUCCAAGGACGGCCGGCCCUACCAGCACUGUGACCUGUGUGAGCGCUGUGUCAAGAUCACGUGGCGCCACUGCUCCGGCUGCGGCCGCUGCGCGCUGCCCGCCCACCCGUGUGCGGCGGAGAGGCCCGCCGCGCUCAGCCGGCCGCGCGACAGCACGACCGGUCAGAAAAGGAAGCGCCGCAAGUGAGACGCUGGAUGGCCAAGUCUUUGCGAUAGCCAGGGUGGUCAUACCUGCCGAGCUGCCUGCAAUUCAUCCCAGCGUGGCAUGGAACUGUUUUUGGUCGAGUGUCCAGCAAGAAUGCUGUGUUAUAUACAGUGAACCCUUCA